UUUAAUUCAAAAGCUCACAUUUGCAUAUUUUCAAUUCAUUUGCUCCUCCUCCUCUCUCUCUUUGUGCUUUGUCUUUUCUAUACUUUCUUUUUUCUUUACCAGCUCCUCCUGCAAUUUUCUUCUCAAAACCCUAGAUUUGAAAACAAUCUAGGGUGUUUUUUCCCCUUUUCCUUGUUAUUGCAUGGUUUUAUGUUGUUAAGCUUAUAGGUUUGUGUAGCUGUUCUGUUUUUGAUUUUCCUUCAUAUUUGUUCUCAAAACAACCUCUUCUGUUGGAUGGUGAACGCGAAGUUGCUUAAAGUUUAACAUCAUUUUCUCCCUUUAUUUUAGUGGGUUUUGGUUGAAUUUCUUGUUGGGUUGCUUUGAUCCUCUCUUCAAAGACAAAAACCCCUGUAAAACCCUUCUUCUGAAAUUCCCGUGUUCAUAUUCUGCAGAUUUAGGGCUAAAGAUGGUUCAGUUUAGAGCUCAGGGUUAAAGGGGUCAAUCUUUAGCCAACCAAGGAAGAGGAGAAGAAAAAGAAGGUGAAAUUUCGCUGUUUUCAUCUCUCACUGUUGCUUAUAGUAAAUGCAUGGAUGGAAGAGAAGCUAUGGCUCUAGCUAGUGGGUCAGCACCAUAUUACUUUCAUAGAGGAGGUGGGGUUGGUGCGUCUGGGUCUGGAUCACAAACUGGUGCAUUACAUACCCCACCUGGGUUCAGACCCUUGUCAAACCCGAAUCUAGCUGUUCAAUCCAAUGCCAGGGCAGGUUCAUCUGGCCCAGCAUUUUCAAUAGAGCCAUCAAUUGCGAAUUUUGGUCAUGGCAUUAACAUCGCUGUGCCCCCUGGGGUGCCAAUGGGUGAACCAGUGAAGAAGAAGAGAGGAAGGCCCCGGAAAUAUGCUCCGGAUGGGCAAGUUUCUCUUGGAUUGUCUCCAAUGCCAGUAAAGCCUAAACCCUCCUCAGGGCAGGAUCCAUUGAGCCCUAGACGGGCCAGAGGGCGGCCACCUGGGACUGGGAGGAAGCAGCAAUUGGCUCUUCUUGGUGACUGGAUGAAUAGUUCUGCUGGACUAGCAUUUUCGCCGCAUGUGAUUAGGAUUGGAGCAGGGGAGGAUAUUGUUGCAAAAAUACUGUCAUUUGCGCAACAGAGGACAAGGGCAGUCUGCAUCUUGUCUGGAACGGGUACAGUUUCUUCAGUAACCUUACGUCAGCCAGCAUCUUCAGGGCCUACUGUCACAUUUGAGGGCCAUUUUGAGAUACUAUGCUUGUCUGGUUCUUACUUGGUUGCUGAAGAUGGUGGCCCUCGCCAUCGAACUGGUGGUAUUAGUGCUUCUUUUUCUAGUCCUGAUGGUCAUGUCAUUGGUGGUGCAAUUGGAAUGCUUAUCUCAGCAGGGCCAGUUCAGGUGGUGGCUUGUAGUUUUGUGCAUGGAGGUUCUAAGAGCAAACAUAAACAGGUUGGGCGCCCCAAACUUAAUAAAGACUCUCCAUCCCAGCCUGGUGAUAAGUCGGCUACCCCAAAAUCAACAAUCCCUAUAAAUCUACCACAAAAUUUCACUCCCUCGCCGAUGAACGUUUGGCCAGUUUCACGGUCAUUUGACCUGAGAAACCCUCACACUGAUAUUGACUUGACACAAGGAUGACUGCUGCAACAGACACGACAAAAUUUUUGUAUAUAUGUGUUGUUGUUUAAGUACUGAAUCUGGUGAUAAUUUUGAACAUUUGAGUUCCACCUUGUCUCCCUACUAAUGGGCCAUGUCCAAAGUGUUUGUGCUAACGUAGUUUGUAACAGAAGUCGUCAUUUUAAGACUGCAAACUUACAAUUGAAACUUGUUGAAAAUUUUUCGAGUAGUCAGAGAAAGUACAUUGACUUAUGGAGUA